AUGGUUUCCACUUAUAAUAAGGAUAAGCCUUGGGAUACACCAGAUAUAGAUAAAUGGAAAAUUGAGGAAUUCAAACCAGAAGAUAAUGCAUCUGGUUUACCAUUUGCUGAAGAAUCCAGUUUCAUGACUCUAUUUCCAAAAUACAGAGAAAGCUAUUUGAAAUCAGUUUGGAGCGAUGUUACAAAAGCACUCGAUUCUCAUUACAUAACAUGUAUAUUAGAUUUGGUGGAAGGUUCCAUGACUGUUAAAACUACAAGAAAGACUUAUGACCCUGCUAUCAUCUUGAAAGCCCGUGACUUGAUCAAACUUUUGGCUCGUUCUGUUCCAUUUCCACAAGCUGUUAAGAUACUUCAAGAUGAUGUGGCUUGUGAUGUCAUAAAGAUCGGUAAUUUUGUCACCAAUAAGGAAAGAUUUGUUAAGAGAAGACAACGUCUUGUUGGUCCAAAUGGUAACACACUUAAAGCUUUAGAAUUAUUAACCAAGUGCUAUAUUUUAGUUCAAGGUAAUACUGUGAGUGCAAUGGGUCCAUAUAAAGGUUUAAAGGAAGUCCGUCGUGUGGUUGAAGACUGUAUGAAAAAUAUCCAUCCAAUCUAUCAUAUUAAAGAAUUGAUGAUUAAAAGAGAGCUAUCUAAAAAACCCGAACUGGCUAAUGAGGACUGGUCCAGGUUCUUGCCAAUGUUCAAGAAAAGAAAUGUUGCACGUAAGAAACCAAAGAAGAUAAAGACUGAAAAGAAGGUCUACACUCCAUUCCCACCUGCUCAAUUACCGAGAAAGGUCGAUUUGGAAAUUGAAAGUGGUGAAUAUUUCUUAAGCAAAAGAGAAAAGGAGAUGAAGAAAUUGGAAGAACGUAAAGAAAGACAAGCUGAAAAGCAAAUCGAAAAAGAGAAAGACAGAGCAAAAGAUUUUGUGGCUCCAAAGGAAAAAGAUUACACUGGAUCUUUAACAAAAUCUAAAAAGAAUAAGAAAAGAAAUGCAGAUGCAGAAGAAGACUCGAAAGAUGAAAAGAAAAGCUCAAAGAAACAUAAAAAAAUAUGA